CUCCCCAGCUGACACAGAUCCAUAUCACCAGCAGCCAGCAGAAUGUUUGCAGCUUGGAGGAACGUGAGUUUGAGUCGCGCUGUUGCUGCAGCCGACUCGUUUUCCUCUUUAGCUCCAAGACAAACUUUGUCUCUGUGCAGCGACAGACGACGUCUGCGUUGGACCCCCAGCAGACAGAGUUCAGGGAAAGGCUUCAAUGUGCCACCCAGCGCCGAGUUCGUGGCUCGGGUGUCGGGGAUCAACACCAUGGCCAAACUGCCGCACCAGGACUCUGCAGACGGACUCGAUGCGGCAUUUAUUGGAGUCCCGAUUGACACCGGAACCUCGAACCGACCCGGAGCCAGGUUUGGUCCGCGGCACAUCAGAGUAGAGUCUGCCCUGCUGAGGACCUACAACAGUGGCACCAGGGCAGCACCUUACGAGUCCCUCAUGGUGGCUGAUAUUGGGGAUGUGAAUGUGAAUGUGUACGACCUGAAGGACACCUGCAGACGCAUCAGGGAGGCCUACAGGAAGAUCGUGGCGACUGGCUGUAUCCCGCUGACUAUGGGUGGCGAUCACACAAUUGCAUACCCAAUACUGCAAGCUGUUGCUGAGAAGCACGGUCCAGUGGGUUUGAUCCAUGUGGAUGCUCACGCUGACACCAGUGACGUGGUGUUGGGGGAGAAGAUCGGCCACGGCACUCCGUUCAGACGCUGUGUGGAAGAAGGGCUGCUGGACUGUAAGAGAGUCGUCCAGAUCGGCCUGCGGGGAACCGGAUACUCUCCAGACUCAUACGAGUGGAGCCGAGCUCAGGGUUUCCGUGUGGUCCAAGCGGAGGAAUGUUGGUUCAAAUCUCUUGCACCACUCAUGGCUGAGGUCAGAACUCAGAUGGGCAAUGGUCCAGUAUACCUCAGUUUUGACAUCGAUGCUCUUGACCCUGGCUUUGCUCCUGGAACAGGCACACCAGAGAUAGCAGGACUCACUCCCAUACAGGGAGUUGAGAUUAUCCGAGGCUGCCGUGGUCUCAACCUUGUUGGAUGUGAUCUAGUGGAGGUGUCUCCACCCUACGACACCACAGGAAACACUGCAUUGACUGGAGCCAACCUCCUCUUUGAGAUGUUGUGCGUUCUCCCAAAAGUGAAAUAUUACUGAUCAGAACUCUCCACUAAAAACAGAACAGGUCAUUUGUUAACAGCCAGUACAGACACCUGAGUGCCAACCAAGCAGUCUGUCCUGCUGUAUAAAACCAGAAAUGAAAGUAAAUUUUACAUUUGCACUGUUGAAGACCAGAAAUGCAUGACACCAGAAGACCUUGUCUACUGUAGGUUUGAUAAAUCCAUGCAUGUGACUCUUCAAAUUACAGCUGAAAUACACAGUUUAUGUUGCCAUAUAAUAAACCAGUCACACAGUAA